AGAUUUUAGCAUCCAAGUAUCAAAAUAAGAAAAAAAAAUGGCUGAACAAUUAGGUGAGAUGAAGAAGGAAGUUUUGGCAGAACUGGAAAGGGUAGCAGAUCUCAAACAAUUAGAUGAAAAAGAAACAGAGUUCUUGCAUCAGAUGGUGGAGAACAUCAUCAAAGAUGGUUCGGAUGAAAUAAAAAAGUUUUCUUGGCUUCCUGAAGAUAUGAAAUCAGCUUCAGACGAGGCCAUUCUCACUUCUCUUGAACAGCAGCUGAGUCGUGAAGAGAAUCUGCUUCUGAAUCACGCAUUACAUCUGGAGACCUUUACCAUGACCCUGGAACCCGCUAAUUCACCCAAAACUGCACGUUUUACAAGAGGGGGGAGGAAAUUCUUGCAAGACAUCAAUCUUUCUACAUCAGAUGGAACCCCUACAGCCAUAAAGAAGCAAUUAACAAGCAUCCUCGUGGAGAUCAUUUUGCUGGUAAUGUCCUCCGUUGGCUUAAAAAUUUCUUAUACAGACGAGCAAAUGAAUGCUGUCAUCGACAAGGUCAGUCAGUUGCUUACUGAUAACAUUCAACAGAAGAUUGAGGAGUUUGUCAAGGAUUGGCCGAAAGCAACCACUGUCAUGGCCAAGGCACAGCUAGUCUUUAAUCUGCUGAAAUCCUUAGCAACAGGUGGUACUGGCCUUGUGAUGAAAAUUGGCUAUGCUAUAAUUUCCCAAUUGUCAUGGUGGGAAAGAAUGAAGAUGAUUGCUAAAUUUAAGGUGGCCUACGACAAUGCGAUGAAAAAUCCAUCCGCAACGAUAGCAAAAAUAGCAAAGUCGUUGACAAGUGCACCUGGCAUCAUUGAAAAGAAAGUAUUUAAUGUGUCUGCCUUGAAGAAUCUUCCACAAAAGUGA